AUGGAACUGAAACGCACGUUCUCGACCAGCCGGUUGCUUAAUUUGGCAUUGGUAUCGAGAAACUCGUUAGAAGUGGUAGUUUUUACAUCGAUCCGCGAAAAAGUUUCUAUUGAAGUGGACGAACGGAGCAUUCCAUCGCGCUCCGGCGGCCAAAGGCUGCGCAACCAGUCCGUGCUGGCAGACAAGCUGGCGGUAAUUUCUUAG